AUGUCGGAAGAGAUACCUAUCCCGGUACUGCCAGACACAGAGCCUGGUGAGGAGAAGACGGCUGGUCCAUUUACCUACGCGGAAUAUGUCGCCUUCAAUAUGGGUAUCGAGCGCGCCGACGAGAACAUAAGCGUAGACAGGAUCCGGCGCGAUGAGCUGCUUUUCUACGACAUCAACUAUAUUCGGAAGGACGAUUCGAAUAUAAAUUCAAAGGUCAUUUCUGAUAGGACGGCUCUCCAUGUUGCUGCUGAAACCGGACUUGUUGAGGUUACCCGAGAGCUUCUGCAGCAUGGGGCGAACAUCAAGGCUGAGGACAGACGAAAGAGCCAACCUCUCCACAUCGCGGUUCGGGAAGGCCACAAAGACAUUGUGGAGUUGUUAUUGAAUAUGGCACUAGACAUCGAAGCAACGGACUCGUCAGGAUAUACAGCAUUGCAUAUAGCCUGUCGGUUAGGUCACACCGAAUUGGUUGAGCUUCUACUCUCGCGAGGCGCCAAAACAACAGCUGAGGAUUACUUGGGCAGGACACCACUGAACUUGACUUGCUUUCUUGGUAAUACAAGAAUAGUUCAUCUCAUUCUGAAUAGCAGCAAGUCUACAAUUGAUCAAUUUUAUAUCGAUGGCUGUUCGCCUCUGAUGGGCGUGGUCUUCACUGAUCAUGAAGAGGAUGGCGGGGCAGAACCUCGACUUGGAGCAUUGAGUCUACAAAUGGCAAGACUCCCAAGUUUGAGGCUAGUGGACUCUGCGAAACGGGCAGAUGAGUCGGGUGGAAGUGACGAACCAUCCAAGGGGGAGGAAGUCCAACCUGAGAAGAACUCUUCUAAGGUUAUGCCAGCCUCUGCUUUAUAUAUGCCUUACCUCUGCUUCUCGACGCAUUACAGGGAAGGCACUCAGCCAGAGGCUAAACCACCUAGUUUCGGAAACUAUUAUUCUCUGUUAAGCGCCUACUCCGACUCGGUUAUUCACAAAUCGCCUACUCUCGACGAGGCCAAUACUGAUCGAAUCAAUCGUAAUGAGGACCAAGUCGUUACCAAGUUCUUGAAGGAGUUGGCAAGAACAGAGGAUGAAGACCAUUUUACCAUAUUGAGAGUCAACCAGAUACGGAUAUGGGUCGUGGGAAACAAAUGGAUACUGACCGCUUCCUCCUGCUCACUCGAUGACAAUCAUGACAACUUGGUAGAAGGUGUGCUUGACCAACUCAACAAACAGGCCGAGUACGGAGGCAAUCGCUCGCAACCCGAGUCAGCGGACGCGAUGGCCAAGAUCAUCGUCGAUUACUGUGUGGGCUCUUACGACAGAAAGCCCAAGUCGAAGGCCAGGAUGUCUAUCAGUCAGAUUAUUCUCGAACUACAUGAACAGUAUUGCAAGCCGGAGGGUCGAGAUGAGACCGAGAUCUUCAAAAGCCUCAGCCGUUCGGCUCCAGAGGCGUCCCAGGGGACAAACAAGCCAUGGAGCGGGGAAGAGGUGAGGGAUUCGAUUAAUAAGGCCAAGAAUCUUUUUUGCGCCAUUAAAGAUGUCCGCGACGAGUUAAACAUCCUAAAAUCGGCUGCUCGUUUCCAAAAGGUGGUACAAAGGAAUCUUGCAAGGGGCAAAAGAAAUGCAGACAUCUCAGCCGACUACGUCGAGAACGAUAUCAGAGAAAUAGAUGAGGUUGCCAGCACAGAUUUCAGCGAUACAGAACAAGGCCCUCAUGACUUUUACCUUUUCCACACUUCUCUUCUUACCUUUGUCAUUCCUUUCUUCUUUGUUCGCGUUGGAUGCGGAUUCCUUCCAGAAACCCCAAGCUGGGUCUUUGCUGUGAUCUUCCUCGUUGCACUUGAAGUGUCUAUCAUUAUCUACCUGGGUGCUUGGUUUGUCACUAAUCCGAGCGUCAGACAUUUUGUUUCUGAGUUUGUUCACAGAGCUCUCUCGGGACAGUCUGACUUUCUGAAACAGCCCUCAAAUUCAGACGGAGAGGAACGCCCGAAAGAUGAAAAGGAUCACGGUUCUGACAACAAGAAGGCGGACCGUGAUCAAAGGCUCAGCUUGAGCAUGGAUACUGCAACGAUUAUGAGGUCGAGGAAGUCACGUGAACGGAAGUUUAAUAUGAGGGGAGGAAUGAGCCACGAUGCCUCUUGGUAUGCUUGA